AUGAAUGCGAAGUAUAAUGGUACUGUUACCAAUAACAACAACAAUAGCGAAAUAAGUGUUGUUAAUAAGAAUCUGUCAACACCUUUUCCUUUCUAUUCAUUCUCUACUUUCACCUCCACGCCCACCCUCGGCCCACCAUCAACCGUGAUCGUCACAUCCCCGCCCACAUUCACACUCGUCCUCCGUCCGCCAUCCCCGCCCACCUUUCGCCCACUUCACCCCACACCUCACUCCACCAUCCCCGCCCACCUCACUGCACCAUCAGCCCACUAUCACCGCCACCUCUACCCACCUUACCGUCAGCCCAGCUUACCCCACCUUCACGCCCACCCUCCGCCUGAUAUCCCCUCCCCCUCACCUGUGCCCACCUAUACCCCCCCACCUUUGCCCACCAUCAACGCCCACCUCACUGCACCAUCAGCCCACCAUCACCGCCCACCUCUGCCCACCCUUCGCCAACCUAUACCCCCCCCCACCUGUGCCCACCUUACCACCCACUUCUACUCACCAUCCCAGCCCACCCCACUGCACCAUCAGCCCACCAUCACCCGCCCACUUUCGCCCACUUUACCCCCACACCUGUCCCCACCUAUACCCCACACCUCUGCCCACCAUCCCCGCCCACCUUUCGCCCACCCUCACUCCACCAUCAGCCCACAUGCCCGCCCAGAUACGCCAGAGACAACGGAAACUGAGAUCAUGUCACGAACAUGUUGCGGCUCGUAG